UGAAUUUCAGUUCAGUUCGCUUGCCUAUAGAGACUCACAGCUCGCAGUAGCAGCAGCACAGCACCACAGUACAUUUUGUUCAGGUCUCGGCCUCAGUUCGUGCGAGGCGAUUUUCACAGGCAGUAGUAGCAGUAGUACCAGCAGUAUCCAGUACAAGUAUCCAGUAUCCAAGAAGAGUGAAGUAAACAGCAGAGGCAGCACAAGCAGACCGAAAUACAAGUCAAACUGCUGAAUAGCUCAGCCCUUACAUUUCCCUCGAAAGAAGUCAAACCAAACCAGUAACAAACAUGAGUGGAGAUCGCCCGAAGCGUCCCCUUUCGGCCUACAUGCUGUGGCUGAACGAGACCCGCGAACAGAUCAAGAAGGAUAAUCCCGGCAGCAAGGUGACAGAUAUCGCCAAACGGGGUGGCGAACUUUGGCGUGGGCUGAAGGAUAAGACCGAAUGGGAACAGAAGGCCAUCAAGAUGAAGGAGGAGUACAACAAGGCGGUGAAGGAGUACGAGGCCAAUGGCGGCACCGAUUCGGGGGCGCCCAAGAAGCGAAAGAAGGCGGCCGCCAAGCCCGCCAAGAAGGCCAAGAAGAAAGAGUCCUCCGAGGAGGAGGAGGAGGACGAGAGCGAGUAGACGGUUGCAGCCUCCGCAAUGGGCAACGUUUUUCUGCAUAAGUUUUAAAAUACAUUUUAUUAAUGUAAUUUUUUAAGUGACAAA